AUGGUGCUUUCUGAUGCUAUUGUGAGGUGGACAGUCCUAUUUCUCGCCGCUAGCCCAUUUUGCCACGGACAACAACGCCAAAGCCUGCCGUCACUGCUCGACCCCGGGAAAGCGUAUCUGAUCAAGCAGUACGUUGACUCGAUCACCGCAUAUGGCCCAGGCUUGGGGGUCUACACCCCGUAUUCAUAUGUGGACAUCUCCUACGACAACCUGCCCGGGAUUGGAAAGUUUCCCCUGCCCGGCAAAGAAGGGACCGCUUCACGACUAGGCAUCUCGCCAUUUUACCCGCCCAAUGGAAACCCCGGCAAUCCAUUCCCGCCGCUUUACAAAGCCCGUCCACUACCCCCGCAUAUUCCCGAACCAAUCGACGUGAUCGCGGUGCCGCUCGACGAAGAAGCGCUGCAUGGGGAGCCACUAUUUCCGCCAGAACUGACCCUCCCGGGAGAAACCAGGGAAACCGAUCUCGAGGCGGAGCGGCCAACCGAGGAAAAGACCCCAGAUGAGCACGAACCCCCCACGAAUCCUUUCGGGGAGCUCAAAUCGGUGCCGGAAACGUCAGCAACAUUCGAAGAUGGCGUUCGCGCUAAUUUUCUAAAGGAUGGGGUGGCUAGCCCGCGAGCGCGACGAUAUCGAGAUACCGAAUGGGUGGCAGAACCGGACGUCCUUUUCCAAGACGACGCCUCGGAACGGAAUACCCAGGGAGCCGCCAUAGAAGCCGACCUCAACGCGCAACCCCAGAAAAGCCCGACAGAACCGAAAAUUCGAAAGAAACGAGUGAAACGCCGGGCAAUGCUGUUGGGA